AUGUCCCUCCCCUUCCCUCCUCGUCAACUCUACUAUGACGGUCAAGUCCAUGCCGCUUCCUCCGGCCAAUCUUUUCAGACUAUUAAUCCCGCCACCGCAACUCCUCUAGCCGACAUCCAAAUUGCUUCGCGUGCCGACAUCGAUAAGGCUAUUGGGGCUGCCGACCGUGCAUUCCCCUCGUGGUCCCAGACCCCACUCAUUACCCGGGCCCGUAUCCUUCACAAAGCUGCUGCUCUUUUGCGUGAACGUAAUGAUGAGAUUGCUCGCGUCGAAACCUUGGACUCUGGCAAGGCCUUCACUGAGACCAGCACUGUCGAUGUCGUAACUGGCGCCGAUGUUCUGGAAUACUAUGCUAAUUUCAUUGGCGGUGGAGGUCUCAAUGGCGAGACCACGCAGCUUCGUGAAGAUGCGUGGGUGUAUUCCAAGAAGGCGCCGUUGGGAGUGGCGCUUCUCUUCUCCCAAAUCUUAUCUUACGGUCAAAGAUGCUCAUCGUGGGACCCAUUUAGUGCUCUCUGGAAAUCUGCUGCGUGUCUUGCGGCCGGAAACACAAUGAUCUACAAGCCGAGUGAAUUCACCCCGCUUCAUGGUCAGACCCUUGCGGAGAUUUAUACCGCAGCUGGUCUGCCCGCGGGUGUCUUCAACGUAAUUAACGGUGCUGGGGACGUCGGUGCGUACUUGACCAGCCACCCGACCAUCGCCAAGGUUUCCUUCACCGGCCAAGUGUCGACAGGAAUGAAGGUGGCAGGCUCGGCCGCCGGCAAUAUGAAGUACGUGACGAUGGAAUUAGGCGGCAAGAGCCCGUUAAUUAUUUGUCCGGAUGCAGAGCUGGAGAACGCAGUCGACGGUGCCAUGAUGGCCAACUUCUACAGCACCGGUCAGGUCUGUACCAAUGGUACUCGGGUGUUUGUCCCCAGGUCCAUGAAGGCAGCGUUCGAGAAGUGCCUGCUCGAGAAAAUCCAAUAUGUGCGAGCAGGCCCGCUCUUUGACAAGCAAACCAACUUUGGUCCCCUGAGCUCUGCCGUUCACUACGAGAAGGUUGUCUCGUAUAUUCGCCACGGCAUUGAGACCGACCAUGCCACUCUCCUCUGCGGCGGUCUCGAGAAGCCCUCGAUACCGAAGGACCUGCAGGCCGGCUUCUGGGUCCAGCCAACCGUUUUCACCGACUGCACCGACUCUAUGCGGAUUGUCAAGGAGGAGAUCUUUGGGCCCGUCAUGUCGAUUCUCUACUACGACUCCGUCGACGAGGCCGUCCAGCGUGCCAACACCACCGAGCUGGGUCUAGCCGCCGGUGUUUUCACCAAGGACCUCAAUCAGGCCCACCGCGUCAUCGACCAGCUCCAGGCUGGUAUCACCUGGGUGAACACCUGGGGUGAGAGUCCUGCCGAAAUGGCCGUUGGUGGUUGGAAGAAGAGUGGUCUGGGAGUGGAAAAUGGUCGUCGCGGAAUCGAAGCCUGGCUGCAGAACAAGAGCACCCUAGUCGACAUGAGUGGCGCUGUGGCUACGGUGUUUGCCAAGCUUUAA